AUGGGUUGGUUUUCCGAUGACUCCGAUCAGGCCGCCGCCUACGAUGAAUAUAAUAACUCACAAGAGCACCAUGAAGCCUCCCUUUCACACGAACUCCUUGCAGGAGCUAUUGCUCUUGAGGCCGCCAAGGCUUAUGAAGACCAUUGCGAGCCCGACUCCCAUGCCACGGCCAAGGAGCUUUUAGCCGGUAUUACAGGUGCUUUACUUGACCGUGAGAUUGAGACAAGGGGCCUUGACUGGAUUGAUAGAGAGAGAGCCCAAGCAGAGGCGGACAACCAUCUUGACGGGGAGCUCCAGAACCGGUACAACUAG